AUGUCUGGCUUAGAAGACUGUCCCAGCGCCAGCGGGAACCCUCCCCCGCCCGAGGUGGCCAAUCCCAAGCGACCGGGGCGCACCACCAACCAGCUGCAGUACCUGGAGAAGGUGGCGCUCAAAGCUCUGUGGCGCCACCAGUUCUCGUGGCCCUUCCGCCAGCCCGUCGACGCCGUGGCGCUGCAUCUCCCAGAUUAUUACACAAUUAUCAAGACUCCCAUGGAUAUGGGGACUAUUAAGAUGCGACUCCAGAACAAAUACUACUGGAAAGCGAUGGAAUGUGUACAAGACUUUAACACCAUGUUCACAAACUGCUACCUGUACAACAAGCCCGGAGAUGACAUCGUUUUCAUGGCGCAGUCGCUGGAGAAGCUCUUUCUGCUUGAAGUUGCCAAAAUGCCCAAGGAUGAAUGUGAAGUCCCGCCUGAAGCCACAAAGGAAGCAGCCAAAAGUAAAAAAAAGAGCAGUGCUGGUUUGUUGAAGAUGAGACCCGUGAUGUCCCAAAUGGUCAUCCAGCACCAGGUGACGGUCAACCAGUCAAACUCUCCCCACCCUGCGUCACCUGUCCAAAUCUCAGCCCAGAUGGAUGAACGAGUCAAAAAACCUUUAAAGAGAAAAUUGGAGGCCGCCCCACCAGCGGUGACAAGCACUGUUAAAGAAGCGCCGACGCCGUGCGCGCUGACCGCGAGGUCGGGCAGCGGGCGACCAAUCAAAGUGCCGAAAAGAGACCUCACAGCCGUGGAGGACAUGCAAGCAAAACUACCUGAGCCGCUUCGCGACUGCGACAAAAUCUUGACGGAGCUGUUCUCCAAGAGGCACUACGCUUACGCUUGGCCCUUUUAUACGCCUGUGGACACUGUGGCGCUGGCGCUGCAUGAUUACUACGACAUCAUCAAGCAGCCCAUGGACCUUGGUACCAUCAAGAAAAAGAUGGAGCAGCGAGAGUACGCCGCCGCCCAGGACUUUGCCGCAGACGUCAGGUUGAUGUUCUCCAACUGCUACAAGUACAACCCUCCUGCGCACGAGGUGGUCUACAUGGCACGGAAGCUGCAGGAGGUUUUCGAAGCACGCUACACCAAACUUUUGCAGGAGCUGGACCAGGGACGUCAACUGGAUAAGCCCAAAGGCAAUCGCGUGGGGAGCGUUUCUUCCUCAACUAGCUCCUCUUCUUCCGAGAGCGAGAGUUCUUCCAACACUGGGAUUUCGGACGAGGUCGCCACACAAUUGGCUAAUCUGGAGGAGAAGCUGAAAGCCGUGACUGACCAGUUGAGGAGACUUGCCGAGGAUCCACUUAGGAAACCCAGAAAAAAGGACAAGCUGAAGGAGAAAAGAUCCAAAGAGAAGCACGUCGCUCGUCUCAAAGACAAAUCACGCAAAUUCAAACCUAUCACGGAGAAAAAAAUCAAGAGUUCUCCUUUGUAUGUACCCUUUAAAUGUUUGUGUAGAGACGGAAAAGGUAGUACGACGGCGUUACGGGUCAACUCCACAUCGCUGACUUAUGAUGAGAAGCAGCAACUACGACGGGAUUUGGACGCUCUGCCCUCAGACAAGCUGGUGAGCAUCAUCAAAGCCUGCGACGCCCCUUUGAAGUACUCGGCUUCCAAGAAGCUGCAGGUGGACGUGGAGAUGUUGAAGACGUCCACGCAGAGGCGCCUGCAGAGGGUGGUGGCUGAGUGGCGGAGGAAGAAGGAGUUGAAAAAGGUGGGAAAAAGUCUGCCAGCGAUGCAUUCUGGGAAGGUGAAGGCAGCCAGCGAGGCGCUCCCUAAAAUGCAGCUGGGACUGAAGAAGAAGAAAGCCAAGCGUGCCUCGCCAGACUUUAUUUUGCCAUCCAUGCUCAGCAGCAAUGGCAGCAGCUCUUCAAUUACAUCUUCCAGCAGCAGUUCGCCAUCUUCUGAUAGCAGAACCUCAUCUUCUGCGUCCGACAUCCAGAAGAACAUGAAAGCUCCAUGUAAAAAGCUUAAAAAGAAGGCUACCAGUAGCAAACUGACCAGCGGGGGGCGCUCUGGCAACACUUGUCAUACAGCUCCAGCUGCUAAAGCUACGCUAACACAGACCAAACGCUAUUUGGGGAAAGAAAGCAGAACGACGCUGCCGCCAACAGGUCCCAAAUGCGCUGAGGAUGUUCGUGACAGUCAAGUGGCCGAUGUUUCCUCUUCCUCAAACUCUCCAAUCAUAGCGACCCAACUGGAAAAAACACCUCAAAAGGACAUCGUACUGAAAAAUGCCGAUUCGUGGGCCCGGCUGGUGAUGCAAUCGGUGGCGUUCCCUUCCGCCAUUAAAUCAUCUAAAGAGAGCUUUCAACAAUUUCGGAAGGCCGCCAUGGAGAAAGAAGAGCGUGAAAAGGCGCUGAAGAAGAAGCAGCUAGAGGUUCCAGAAAAGAGCAGCAGCAGCAGCAAGCCACCAAUGUCCCCGAAUGACACCCAGGUCGGGAGCACCCUGUCCCCUGUGAGUCGCAUGCGGGAGCUGGCCAGACAGAAGGAGCAGGAGCGUCGCAGACGAGAGGCGAUGUCGUGCAUCGACAUGACCAUGCAGCGGGACAUCAUGGCCACUUUUGAGCUCAGCCUGGACUAA